CAGCGUGACGUCCACAUGUGCACAAAAAUGUUGAUCGAACCGAAAUUAACAAAUACAUCGAAAAACUUUGGCAAACCGCCUGACAAACAAAAUUCUUUGCUGCAAAACCUGGGCGCUCCACAUAUAGAUUCCUUCAAUUACAUGUUAGAAGAUGGCCUCUCAGAGGCUGUCCAGGACAACCCACACGUUUAUGUACACCUCUUAAACGGAGACAAAGUUGCUCUGUGGGUCGACGACGUUUCGAUUCAUCAGCCAACCGUUCCAAGUGGUACAAUUGGAGUGAAGAAUCAUAAGAUUUACCCUACAGAAUGUAGACAGCGAGGAUGUACUUACAAAGGAAAGAUAACUGCCAAGUUAGGUUGGUCCAUCAAUGGCAAGGUGCAAGAAAUUCUUGAGAGAGAUUUAGGAGAAAUUCCAAUUAUGAUUAAGUCCAAUCGAUGCCAUUUGAAUAAAAUGACUCCGAAAGAAUUGGUCCAUCAUGGAGAACACGAACAGGAGUGGGGUGGAUACUUUAUAGUCAAAGGACUCGAGAGAAUGAUAAGAAUGUUGUUGAUGACAAGGAGAAAUUAUCCCAUCGCCAUCAGAAGAUCGGGGUGGAAAGCUCGUGGCAUACAGUUUAGCGAUCUGGGGUUACUUUUAAGGAGUGUACGUGAUGAUAACACUGCAGCCAGCAAUACUUUACACUAUGUAACCGAUGGUUCGGCAAAGUUAAUGUUUACAUACAAGAAAAUUUUAUACUAUGUCCCAUUGAUAUUAAUGCUAAAGUGCCUGGUCGAUGUCUCCGACAUUUUCAUCUACAAUGCAUUAAUAGCUGGCUGUGAAGACGAUUUGUAUUACAAAGGUUGUAUCCUAAAUAUGUUACGAGCGAUACAUCAGCAAGAUCUACACAGUCACGAAGAAUGCAAAGCUUACAUAGGAAGGAUGUUUAGAAUAAAGUUUUACGAACUACCUCAAGAUGCUACGGAUAUAGAAGUUUGCGAUUUCAUUAUUAAACACUGUAUAGCCAUUCAUCUCAACAGACCACUGGAUAAAUUUUAUUUACUCGUUUUCAUGACAAAAAAGCUAUUCGCUCUCGCAAAUAAUAAAUGCGCAGUCGAAGGAGCCGACGCUGUGAUGAUGCAGGAAUGCCUACUCGGUGGCCACUUGUAUUUACAAGUACUAAAAGAGAAGCUGUACUCUUGGCUGACUGGUCUCAGAGCAGGCAUCUUAAAACGCGCGAGAAGCGCUGGUAACAGAUACAUUUUGAGUGUGCAGGAAAUACUGAACGUAAUAAAACAUGGAAACUCGCUUGAAUCGCAGAUGGAAAAUUUCUUGUCCACUGGAAGCAUAAGGUCGCCGACAGGUUUAGGGUUGAUGCAGAAUACAGGUCUUACUAUUGUCGCUGAAAAUAUUAACAGAAUGCGUUAUAUGAGCCAUUUUCGCGCGAUACACAGGGGUUCCUUCUUCCAAGAGAUGAGGACCACGGAAGCUAGACAAUUGCUGCCAGAUGCAUGGGGCUUUAUCUGCCCUGUCCAUACACCCGACGGUGCACCCUGUGGUCUUCUCAACCAUUUAACCAUGAAUUGCAUAAUUACAAAGCAUCCAGACCCAAAGUUCAAGUCCAACAUCCCUAUUGUAUUGAUGGACCUUGGAAUGAUUCCACUAUCGAUUGCUGACAAUUGGAGGGACUCCUAUGUCAUACUGUUAGAUGGAACGUUGAUUGGGUUAAUCGACGACAGUAUAGUUUCCAGAGUGACCGAUAAAUUGAGAUUACUUAAAAUAAAAGGGGAAGAGGUUCCAAACACGAUGGAGAUAGCACUGGUACCCAAGAAGAACGUACCAGCUCAAUAUCCAGGAUUGUAUUUAUUCACAAGUCCAGCUCGCAUGAUGAGGCCAGUGAUGAAUCUGGCUGCUAAAAGGAUCGAAUACAUAGGAACGUUCGAACAAAUUUAUUUGGAAAUCUGCGUGACACCCGAAGAAGCCUACGAAGGACUGACGUCGCACCAAGAAUUGUCAAAGACAGCUUUCUUAAGCAAUCUGGCAAGUCUCAUACCAAUGCCAGACUGCAAUCAGAGUCCGCGAAACAUGUAUCAGUGUCAAAUGGGCAAGCAAACGAUGGGUACUCCGUGCCACACGUGGCAACUGCAGUCUGAAACUAAAUUGUACAGGUUGCAAACACCCUCGACACCAUUUUUUCGACCUGUGCAUCACGAUAAAAUUAAUCUCGAUGAUUUCGCUAUGGGUACCAAUGCAAUAGUCGCAGUCAUCUCUUACACAGGAUACGAUAUGGAGGACGCGAUGAUUAUAAACAAAGCAGCUUACGAUAGAGGUUUCGCGCAUGGGAUGAUUUACAAAUCCGAAUUUGUGGAUCUGAAAGAUCAAAAGAGUUACUUUUCACGGAAUCCAGAUAAACCUGAGCUUGCCGAAAAAUUGGAUGCCGAUGGCCUUCCUAUAAUAGGCACUACUAUCAAGGAAGGCGACGUCUAUUAUUGUUACUAUGACGCUGACCAGUCGACAUACGUUAAUGGUAAAUAUCACGGGAAAGAAGACGCUUAUAUCGACACCGUAAAGCUCUGUGGAACCUUGCACAACGAUAUUCCACGCAGAGCUUGCAUUACCUUUCGCAUUUCACGUAACCCGAGCGUUGGCGAUAAAUUCGCUUCGAGAGCAGGUCAGAAAGGUAUCUGUUCGCAAAAGUGGCCCGCAGAGGAUCUACCAUUCACGGAAACUGGCUUGAUUCCAGACAUUGUAUUCAAUCCCCAUGGCUUUCCAAGUCGUAUGACGAUAGCCAUGAUGAUCGAGGUGAUGGCUGGAAAAUCAGCAGCCAUACAUGGACUGGUGCACGACGCAACGUCCUUCCGAUUCAACGAGGAGGAAACUGCUGUUGAAUAUUUUGGAAAGCUUCUGGAACGCGGUGGUUACAAUCAUUACGGAACAGAGAGAAUGUAUUCGGGGAUAGACGGAAGGGAAAUGACUGCUGACAUUUUCUUUGGGAUUGUACAUUAUCAACGAUUGAGACACAUGGUCUCGGAUAAGUGGCAGGUCAGGAGCACUGGACCAAUCGAUAUUUUAACGAGGCAGCCCAUAAAAGGCAGACGCAGAGGUGGUGGUGUACGAUUUGGAGAGAUGGAACGAGAUUCCUUGAUAGCUCACGGCUGCUCUUUUCUUCUUCAAGACCGUCUUUUUCACUGUUCGGACAAGACUACGACUUCGGUGUGCCAAAAAUGUGGAACAUUGCUGGGUCCAGUGAUGGAGGUGUCUUUAAACGCGCCGAGAUUAGGCGACAGAACGAGAUGUCGUCUUUGCGGAGACGACAAAUCCGUAAGGGAAGUGGAUAUACCGUACAUUUUUCGAUAUCUCGUGACACAAUUAACGUCCUGCAACAUCAACGUAAAAUUGUCAUUCGCGGAGAAAUAAAACCAUAAAUCACGGAAAUAAAACAAUACUUGUACACUUUUAUACUAUCAUCUAGUAAUAAUAAUACUUUAUUUUUUUAUAACA